GCGGAUGUUAUGAAGAGUUGCGAGAGAAUUUAGCGCGAGGGAAACAUAGCUGGAUUUCUCCAGGAUUUCUCAGAUAACAGCAGGGUUGUGUUCUUUUAUUCUAUUGUGCGACGCAGAACAUAACUGCUAAGGAAAUGUGUUGUUAUGUUUAAAUGUACGCUGUCUACAAGUUACAUGCAACACAUGUCAACACUAGGCUAACCAAUGCCUUCAAAUUCAAAAGUUAGCUAGGUCGCUAGUGCAUUCGCUGCGAUGGCUGAAUAAUAAUGCUGUUUUCUUGGGAAAAGGGAUGGAUAUAUUUCUGAGGCAUUUCUCAGAGAAGAGUCGAGUGGAGCAGACCUGGCUGAGCGAGCUGUUCUGUAGUGUAAGGGACAGGCUUCUCCCGGUGCUCAGCGAAGGGAUGGUUGUUGAUGAAGUGGCCCUCGCAGUUGUAUCGCGCCUGCAGGGCUGCUUUUCGGUCGAUUCACUUCCCCUUAGCUUCAGGUGUGUUUGUGUGUCGGAGCUCUUCUCCAGGCAGCGGUCCCCUUGCUUCAGCAGUCUCGCUAUGAGCACUAGUCAGCACAGAGAACUGAUCCGGGAGACAGAGCAGGCUCUGCCCAGUCACAGAGCCCUCCCCCGUGCCAACCUGCUGCUUAUUGGCUGCCUGAGUACAGGGAUGGAGGGCUGGAGGGUGUCUGACUCCAGCGGGAGUGUGCACUGUGAGUUGCUGUACCCAGACCCCUUGUGGAUCAACCAACCCAUGCUGUUUCCUUCUUGGAACUUCAUUCCCAUAAAUACACCAGGAAAGGUAGGCCAGGAGGCAGGUUACCUGGAACUGAUUGCCUCUCCUAUCCAUCUCACACCUGAUGCAGUCACUUUUGAUCCCGGAGGGUCACUUCCAGAAUCGCUGGGGGUCAAGGAAGCUGUCAGACGGAUGAGAGAGAAGCGACCAGGGAAGGAGCUCUUGUGUGUGAAUGGGGAGGUGUGUGCAGUGAGCCCUCUUUUGGUCAUCGCAGGGAAGCGUUUCUUCAGUUUCAGUCUGAGAGAGAGGGAUUACACUGUGCCCAUACUGGUCAUGGACUCCAGGUACGUGUUCUGGCGCUCGUGUGUGUGUGUGGGCCGCCGAGUGUGUGUGCGGGCGCUACGCGUGUGCUCUCUUCGAGGUUGGGUGGGCCAGAGGGUCCUGUCCGUCACGCCACAGUCCCGCCUCCUGGCUCCCGCUCUCCCAGAUCAGCAGCCUGGGACCACAGCUUUGGUAGACGAAGUGGAGACGGAUCAAAGUGUUCCGCACAGUCCGCAGGAGUCCUGCACAGACAUCCAGACAGCCCACACAGACGCGCAGGCGUCAUGUGCAGAUGUGGAGACAAACGCAGCACAGAGGGAAGAGUGCGCCAGUGGUGCGUCUUCUGCUACUCACGCAGCCUGUGCCGUGAAAAUCAAACACUCCAAAAUCAUCAGCUACAAGGGCGUAAUCACAGCUGUGACCGACCAGGAGGCCGGACUAUACGUGAUUGACGGAAAGGUGGGUCUCUGCCUGGCCUACCAGCCGCUGCGUUGGAACAGUGGCCUGCGUCCAGGUGCAGAGGUGGAACUUCAGCAUGUCCACUUCCUCUUCCGGCCCUCACCACACUGCUUGCCCACAAUGCUCUGUGCCUGCCUGCGUACCAGUGUGCGGGUGACUGCCUUUAGCCUUGUGGCGCCAGACAGUUCUGCCCCUUCCUCGUCACAUGAUGCUCUGCCUCGCUUCCUAUUGGAGAGAAACCUGGGCGUGUCUGAAUACCUUUGGCUUCACUACUACUCAACUGCACUGCAGCAGAGGCUGUGCCCUCGCUGGGUGUGUGAGGCACGCGUGUGUGUUGUUGCCUCUCGGCUCCUGGAAUGUGUGUGUGUGUGUGAGCAGGACCGGAAGCCACGUGACAUCUACAGAGAAAUGCUGAAGGAGCCACACCUCUGUCCACUGAGUGAGUAUAGAGUGUGUGGUGUGGGCUGUGAAGUGCCCUCCAUCUCAAAGCUGUGUGAAUGGCUGACCGAGGAGUGCUGGUCAUCCCUAUCCCUCUCCAGUCUCCUGCCCGCGUCCGCGGUGGCUCUGACCCGUGCUGAGCUGAACCCGCUCCUCAGCUGGUCCUUCAGGACCUGGUCUGUGCAGGAGCAGCCCAAGCUGGCUCUGCUGAUGGGGAUGCUGGAGAGCAGUCCGAGUGCGGCCACCCUCCAGCUGCGUGACCGGACCGGGGCCCUGGACUGUGUGCUGGUGGAGUCCACGGCUGAGGCGGGCAGCCAACGGCCAGCAGACAACACGGCAUGGCUAGGUUGUUUGGUGUGUAUCCGGCGCUGUACUCUAGUAGCUGAGAGAUUCCUGAAGUCUAAUUUUCCAUCUUGGAAGCACCUAAAGGAGGAGAAGUAUAUCACUAACAAGCACUGCAGGGUGUAUGUGCAGGUGUGUGUGAGCGACCUGCACAUCCUCAGUCCCUCUACUGCCAUGAGCCUCCUGUUACAGGAGCGAGAGAACCAACCAAUGAGAGAGAAAGCGACAAAUGAGGAGCGGAGGUCAGAGCCUGGGAGAAGAGAAAGUGAGGGAGCGAGAGAGGAAAUGACCGCAGAGGAGGGUCCAUCUCAGCCUGGAUGUGGGACAAGCGAGGGAGAAAAGAAGAAUCCAAUCAAGGAAAGGGCCUCGGAGGACAGCAGGGGUGGAGCGAGAGAGAAAGACACAGCGGAGGGAGGGAAGAGAAGCGGAAAGAGGAUGAGAGAAGAAGAGGAGGAAGAAUGCAGCUCAGGGAGAGACGGAAUGGAACAGGCAGAGAAGAGUGGAGGAGGUGACAGCAAGAGACAGAAGACGGGUGCUCAGGUCAACUCCACGGCCGCUACAGAGCCAGGGCUAAUGGGAAGGGAGGCAGGGCCGACGUCUGACCCCUGUGUGUCACUCACCGUGUGUGUGGAGACCAAACAGGGUGUGGCGCUGCGCAACCAACAGCUGUCGUCAGGGGCGACGCCGGGCCUGUCGCUGAGUUUUGUCGCCACGGUGACGUGUUUGGGAAGAGCACAGGGGUGGGAGAGCGACCCCAGAAACAGCCCGCUGCAGGAGAGAGAGUACGAGACGCCACACACACAGCUUGAUUUGCAGUUCAUCAGCUCUGCUGUCAGAUGGUUUCCUCUGUUGCAUCCUGGGUCUGUGUAUCGACUCGUCGCCCUACACACAGAGGAUGUUGCUGUGUUCAGUGUGAAGACUGAAAGGUUCAAGGGGGGAGUGAAAAGCCACGGCAACCCCUCUCUCGUGGUCCAGCCUCGCUGGCGCGUCCACACACUGGCCAUCUCUCCACUGACCACACAGAUUAGUCCAUCACAAGCACAAAACAUUAAAACUAUAUCUCAGGUGCUACAAAACAGUUCCUGUCCAGAUAUUGUGUCCUUUUAUGGCAUUAUAUCUCAGCGAAUCAUGCUGGCGGAAGAACAGGGAAAGGCCCCCGUCAUCCCAUCACUGAUCAAGGAUAAAGAUGUAUGUGUAGAGACAGACCUCAGGUUUCGGCUGACAGUAGAAGAUGCAGAAGCAUCAGGUCAGAGUAUCCAGGUCUAUCUGGACCUAUCCCACAAUCCCUUCAUCCCCGGCCUGAUCUCUGGGGCAACCGUGGUGCUCCACUCCUUCCACCGCUCAGUGUCCAGGAAGGGUAACGUUUACUGCCGCUUUCUGCCUGUUAGUUGUGUGACGGUCACUGGUCUGGGGUCAGCAGAUUCAGACUCAGCGCGGCACUGCCUGCCCCCUCCCAUGAUGCUCCUGGGGGAGUGGGUGCGCCCUGAAGAGAGGCAGCGUUGCAUGCUGGGUCGGCUCAAAGUGCACGUGACCUGCGUGUUACACCUUAAGAUGCAGUGGACUUGCUCUCUGUGUGGGAGCAUUUACAAACAGAGUGGAUGCAGCCGGACAUUCCCCUCAUGUGACUCCAGCAGUGCAGUGUUCCAGGCCGAGGCCAAAGUGGCUGCAGAGGACGGCACUGGUGAGGCUCACGUUUGGUUCCUCUCUGAGAUGGUUCCUACCCUGCUGUUGCUAGGAGCAACUGAGUGGGAGGGACUUCAGUGGCGUGUGCGGGUCCGAGGUCUUGUUCGUGUGUAUGCCCGAGGCUGGGACAUGGUCAGUGAUAUGAAUGCGGAGGACCCUCUCGUGCGGUACCUGUGUAUGUUGUGUUCCAGUAGCAGCGUUUGUCGGGAGCUCAACGUCACCUGCCAGCUACGUGCUCAGAAGCAAGAGGCGCCCCAGAUGAGGAGGAUGAAGCGAGGAGAGAGAGAGUUCCUGUCUAAAUUCCCCUCCCCACUUCAGCUGACCUGCACACACACCUCGCCACUGCCGCACACACUCUGAGGUGUGUGUGUGUGUGUGUGUGUGAUUUUGUUUUUUCUUGUUUAUAUUGCAUAUCUUGUUUGUUCUAGUAUGGCUUGUACAAAGUUUAUUUGAAUGUUAAAUUCAGCAGUUCAUGACUUUAGGAGGCGGAGGGGUGUCAAUAAGUGUAAAAAGGUCUUGUUCAU